AUGUCAAGCUCGAGAAAUGAUAUUCGCGAAGGACAUUAUUCAAUUAGCUACGAAUCACCCAAUGACGAAUUUAAACAUAAUUCGAAUAAUUUGGAAACUAAUCAGGAUGGUCAGAUACCUGAAGAUAAUUAUAUGAUAGUUUAUUUUACUUUCUUUUUACAAGGAAUCGCGCUUCUUUUAGGAUGGAAUGUAUUCACAACCACUAUGGUUUAUUUCCACGUCAGGUUUAUUGGAACUCCAUUCGUAGAUAACUUUGAAAAUUACUUUUCAAUAAGUUUCAUGUUUCCAAAUUUAUUAUUUCUCGGAUAUGCUAUAUAUUUUCAAAAAUCUGUAGGCAAAUAUGUCUGGUCGAAUAGCCGUUUCGCUUUUUUCAUUAACAAUGAUUUUUAUGAUGCCUUUACUGCUUAUCUACAAAAUGGAACCUUUGCGGUUGUUUCACAGUUUUCUCCAAUAUACAUGCAAGCUGUUAUGAGUGGCCAAGGUCUGGCCGGAGUAAUAGUAGCAGUUUUUGAAAUUGUAAGCGCAAUAACAUUAGAAAACAAAAAUACGCCGACAGAGGCAGAAUUAUCACAAAUGGCGCUUGCUUGCUUUCUUUUCUCAAUGUUCAUGUCACUACUCUCACUAAUCACUUACUUUAUCCUAACUCGCUCAUCACUAUACCUUCAUCACUUUCCACCACAUGAAAAACCUAUAAUUCAUCCUAUCGAUCAAACAUUAAGCAAUCAUUCUCUUCAAAGCACAUUUAAUAGAAUUCAAUUAUUAUGCUUUGCAAUGUUUGUUGAUUUUACUGUCACCUUGGCAUUAUAUCCAUCAAUCACUGCAUCUAUAAAAUCCACAACUUCUAAUCAAAAAAAAUAUCUAUUUCAACAAGAUUACUUAUUCAUACCACUACAUUUUUUAAUUUUUAAUCUCUGUGAUUGGGUUGAUGUUGGAAUGUAUGGAAAAAGGAUAGUUCCAUUAUUGAUAAAUAAUGAUUGGUUUUAUUUUUUAGUACUAAUAAUGUUUGGGAUAACAAAUGGAUAUUUGGCAUCAAUGUGUAUGAUGGCAGGUCCUCAAGUGUUUGGUGUAGUAAAGGAUUUGGCAGGAACUUUGUUAUCAUUCUUUAUAGUACUUGGAUUAGUCUGUGGAUCUUUAUUUUCAUUUCCUUUGAGAGCUAUUAGUUGUGGAUGUGAUCCUUUCGCUGUUAAUUGA